CUUGGAAACCAGGAUCGGGUUCUUCGUGUCCGAUUAGCCGAAUGCUAACACCUGUUUACAGUCACUGCUCACGUAUCUUUGCUAAAUCUCAGAAGGAAAACAUCCAAGAGGAUCCAAACGACUUCGUCCUGAAAGUAUUUGGCCCAUCGUGGCUCGCGGCUGGAAAUGGAGGACUCUCUGACGUCAUGCUGCUGCUCGGCUCUCAGACGGCCGUCAUCAUGGCUCGCUGCUGGAGUUACUUAAGAGGACUCUCCAUCUGCGUCACUGUGCUGCUGCUGGUGUCUGGUGUUGUGAUGAUCGGUGUUGGAUUCUCAUCAAUUGAAGGAAACGUACCUGUUGCCGAGUUGUUCGACCAGUUAUCGAUUAGCGACGACGGUGUUUUGGCUCUGCAGGUGUUCGGCCCGAUCACAGUGGUUCUGUCUGUUCUGGGCAUCAGUGCUGCGGUUUCAAACCACAAACUUUUGCUGCUGCUGUUUUCUGCUCUGAUUUUUGUGGAGUUUGUGGCUCUGAUGAUCGUCGCCUCUCCGUUGGUUCACGUUGAAGCCGAGGUGAACUUCGCUGUGGAGGACAUUUUCCUGAACGUUACUCCUCUUCACAGAGCUGAGCUCUUCAUCCAGACGGAGCUGCAGAAACUCCAGACCUCAGAUUCCUGCUGCGGUUUACGAAGUUUUGAGGAUUGGGGGAAUCACCUUCCUGACUCCUGCUCAUGCUCGCCCCCUGCUGGCCUGAGCGCUCAGACCAGUAACUCCAGCUCACUGGGACCCUGUGUGAUGACUGGAACAAACCCUCAUCCUUCAGAUAAACUCUGGGUUCACUCUGAGCCCUGCGGUCCCAUCCUGAAGAGCUACCUGGGAUUCCCCAUCAAACUCCGGAUCGGAAUAAUCUCCGCCUUCGCCACCAUCACGAUAACCGCCAUCAUUCUGUGCCUGGUUCUGGGUCUGGAGGAUCUCUGGAAGAAGCCUCCGGUCGAGACGACGGUCGACGACUUUAACAGAGUCAAAUACCAACCCAAACCUUCCCUCUCCUGACCUCUGACCCCUGAGCCAAACAGGACGAACACUGAUGCUAACAUGUAGCCUUUAAGUGGAGCUAGAGACAACAACACAGGAAGUGAGGUUAUGGACUCAGAACCAGAAACGGGUCAUUUGGACUUUUGGACAACUUCCUUCUUCACAAAAUGAAAACAAAACUGGAGUAGUGUCAGAUUUUAGAGGUUGUAGGAUUUUUCUUUAGUCUUUCACAAAAGACUACGAGACAUUUGUCCCACUAGCGCUAGGCUAGCAUGUCUGUUUUUUGGUGUAUUUACCCAGAAUUCCCUGCACUGUAGUCCACUUCCUGCUUUUGGAGCGGUCUCCAGUCCACUUGACGUUCACAUUUGCAUCCAAACCGCAUCAAAGUUAACUGUUUUGUUCAGUUUCACAUUCACUUCUCUCCAAACAAACCAAACUUUAUGGGACUUUGGAUUUCUCUUCUCCUUCGAAGAACUGGAAGAGUUUAUACAAAUCAUUUGGUUUCCAGAUGUUUGGUUACCAAAAUUUCUUAAAGUAUGAACCUUUAGGAAUGGUUCAUGCAUUUCUGAUAACUGCACUGCAAAACCACCAAAUGUUACCAAGUUUUUGUCUAGUUUUUAAAAGUCCAAAUUGAUAACUACAUUUAUGAAAACAUAAAGUUCUAAUUAGAACAAUUUGCACAUAAGAUUCAUUUUCUUUAAUUACACAAAUUUCUGUUGUGUUUUUUUGUUGUUUUCUUGGGAAAUCUGGUCCUAAAGGGGCUGAAGAGACUCUGGAUCAGGAUUCCUGCUUUUAAUGAUGAUUAUUGUAUAAAUGGGAGCCAGUGUUGAAAAACUGCUUAACCUUAAAAUGUCUCUGUGUUUGCAGAAUAUGUUUUAAAAUUUAAUAUAUAGAAAAAAAUGCCGUCUUCUUUUCUGAAGUGUGCUUUGUAAAUAAAAUUAACUUUAAAGUUAAA